AUGAUGGCGCCCGGCAUCAACGUGCUCACCAAGGACCACUUCGUCGGUGACGAGGGAGAGCCCGUCCUCCCCCUCCAACCCGCCCUCCCCGACCCGCCGCAAGCCGCGGAGCCGGCCGGCGCCGCGGAGGCGGCGGCCCCACAGCCGUCGCCGUCGCCCGCGCCGCCGCCUCGCCAGCCCGGCUCGGGCGGCGGCGGCGGCGGCGGCGGCGGCGGGUCGGAGCGGUCGCGGCCGCGCAACGCGCUCGAGCGGCGGGAGUGGACGGCGGAGGAGGACGAGAUCAUCAAGGACGGCGUGCGGCAGUACGGCUACCGCUGGCGGCGCAUCGCCUCACAGCUGCAGGGCCGCUCGGACGACGCGGUGCGCAACCGCUGGUCGCGGCUCAAGGGCGGAGAGGAGGGCGAGCCAAAGGCCGGGCUCAGCAAGGGCGGCGCCUCGGGCCGCAACGCGGCGGGCGACACGGGCGUCACGGGCGACGGAGGCAGCCCGGCUGCGCCGCCCGUGCGGCGGCGCGCGUCUGCGAGCGGGGAGGAGGGCGGAGCAAAGCCGGAGCGGAUCGGGUGGACGCAGGCCGAGGACGCGAUCAUCAUCUCGUCGCGCAUCCCCGGCCGCACCGAGCACGCCAUCCGCAACCGCUGGCAGCGGCUGCUCAAGAUGGUGGAGGAGCAGCAGGCGCCGCCGCCGCCGCCGCCGCCCCUCAUCGCGUGA